AAUAACGGAAAAACUGCUGUUACGCCCACAAACGAACACCAUGUGCGCAAAACAGCCCACAGAAACUGCUGCUGCUACAACAUCCCAAAACAGCAACCCCUCAAUACCCCUUAUGUGCGACAAAACCAGAAAAACAGACGGAACCACCCAGAAAUCGCCUCUAACCCAAAAACAGCACCAGAAUUGCCGAAAACAAAAUCGACAGGGACCAAAAUCUUACUUGGAUUUAUUCUUACUUUGUUGGAUUUAUUUCCAUAAGAUUGAGUCUUACAUUGUUGUUCGUAGGACGCUAACUGAAGGAUAUGAGCAUAACAGUACAACAGAGUUGAUUGGAAGGAAAGGAAUCAGAGAUAAAAGAAGCCACUUGAUACUCAUUGGAAGAUUAAGAAGGUUAUUAAAACACAACACCCUGAUUCAAGCAUGGAAGGAAGUUCACAGUUUGUGAAUCCAUUGUUAGUGAAUGCAGGUUUGGGAAUUCCAAGUGAUUUAGGAGAAGAAAGUGUUGGUAGCAACAACCUAGAUGGGGGGCAAUGUAAUGGAGAUGUCGAUGGAAAUGCAUACUUAGAUGAACGUUUACUGGAUGAAUCUAAUGAAAAUGUGCAUGUUUUUUCGGAUGGAAUUCACGCUUCUGAAGUCUAUCUGAUUGUUAUAAAAGAUAUGGUAGAUAUACUUAAGAUUGACAUUGAAAACUUUUGUUUAGAUGAUGUGGAAAGGUAUGAGUUUGUUGGGUUGGAGGUUGCCUACAUGUUUUACUCUUGAUUUGCUAGAAUGUCUGGAUUUUCAGUUCGUAAGGGGCAAGUUGUUAGGGAUCGCAAAGGUGAAAUUCUUCAGCAAACCUUUGUUUGUUCAUGUCAAGGAUACAGGGAGGAUAGGGGACUAACUAUGGAAACCCGAAAGCACGAGCAAAAAAUUGAAACAAGAUGUGGGUGUAAUGCAAAAUUUCGAGUCCAUUUAGAUAUUUUGUCAAGGCAUUGGUAUGUUACUGGAUUUGAAAUUGAUCACAAUCAUGAUUUGCUUGGUGGUGCUUUGUGUGGAUUGCUACCGGCGUAUAGAAAAAUGACUCAGGCUGACAUGUUUUCCGAUGCAUGUGGUGCAGUUAAGUAUCUUCGAGAUCUUUGCACCAAAGACCCUCGUAUGUUUGUGAGACACUGUUUUGACAAUGAUAGGAGGCUGGAGUGUUUGUUAUGGUGUGACGGUGAAAGUCGUAUGAACUAUGAGAUAUUUGGAGAUGUUUUGACCUUUGAUGCAACAUAUCGGAAAAACAAGUACAAUUGCCCGCUUGUUGUGUUUCUUGGGGUUAAUCACCAUAACCAGACCAUUGUUUUUGCGACUGGGAUAGUAAUACGGGAGACUGAAGAAACAAAUGCAUGGUUGUUGGAACAAUUCUUGAUUGCAUUAUAACUGAUGGUGACCUUGCAAUGAAAGAUUCCAUUACAAAAAUAUUCCCUGCAGCCCAUCACAGAUUGUGUGCUUGGCAUCUGUUAAAGAAUGCAUCAACCAAGAUUGGGAUUCCCGAUUUUAUGCCUUAUCUUAAAAAAUGCAUGCUGGCUGACAUUGAGGUUAAUAAAUUUGAAGAGUUGUGGUCUGAGAUGGUUCAAAAGUUUGGGUUACAAGACAACACUUGGAUCAAUGAAAUGUAUGAAAAGAAGAAGAUGUGGGCGACUGCCCACAUUAGAGGAAGUUUCUUUGCUGGUAUAAGAACCACAUGUUGUUGUGAGGCACUCCAUAGCCACAUCAAACAAUAUGUGCAUUCUCGGAUAAAUAUGACUGAUUUUGUUCAACAAUUUCAUAAAUGUCUUACAUAUUUUCGGUUUAGGGAAAUUAAAUCUGAUUUCCUAUCAAAAUAUGGUCAACCAAUGAUGCAAACUAGUUUGCGAUCACUGGAGAAAUCGGCAGAAAUUCAGUUCACAAAGGAGAUAUUUGUCAUGUUUCGGUCUAUUAUGAAAAGAUCAAUGCUUCUUAAAAUGACAGAAUGCCACGAAAUGUCUACGUGGUAUAUUUUCACAGUUUCAAAAUAUUGUGGUGAUGGUAGUGUUUGGCGUGUAGCAUGCUGUCAAGAACCAAUUGAUCUGAAAUGCUCAUGUUUUAGAAUGGAAUCAAUUGGAUUGCCAUGUCAUCAUAUUCUAUCUGUGCUAUUGUAUCUUGAUUUUGAUGAUCUUCCAAAGUGCUUGGUUAUGCCUAGGUGGUCCAAGUUUGCUUGCAUCAGUCACAUCAAUGUUGGGCAGACACAAUCUCCAAUUUCAACUGAAGAUGAAAUUCAGGAACACGAGGAUUCGUACAACUCUGAGAAUGAUUAUGACAUGUCGAGUCAAGAAUGAACAAAUACCAAUUCUGUUAUGGAAAUAUUGUUAUGAAAAUCAUUCUCUAUGAGUUGAUGUGAUGAAUAUGCUUUGGAGUGAAUGUCUGUUUUAAUCAUUUUAUUUUAUUAAGUAGACUUCAACCAACUAUUUGUAUUUGUCGUUGUUUGUGUGUGACCAAUGUGGUUUGGUGUUAUGUAAUUUGUUUGUCAAUUUGAACCCAUUUGUUGGGAGAUUUAUCCUGGCUUUGGCUUUGUUGGGAGAUUUAUCCUGGCUUUGGCUUUGUAUGAUGUUUUCUUGUGUGAUUACCUAAGAUGUGGUAUUUAGGCUA